AUGGCAUUGGCAACUGAUCUUGAUCUGUGGCAUGUAGCCGCGGCGCUGGCUGUGCUCUAUGCAGGAAAAUGCCUCCGCGACAUAUACUGGCAUCCAUUGAGUCAAUUCCCCGGGCCUAUACUGGUCCUUCUGGGCCCGUUUUACGAGUUCUACUACGAUGUGAUCAAAGACGGCACAUUCCUCUGGGAGAUAGAGAAGAUGCACCAGAAAUACGGUACAGGCGCUUCAGUACCACCCUACGCAUGUACAUCGUCAGAGGAUAUCCGAACGCUGACUACACCACCAGGGCCUAUCGUCCGAAUCAACAAAAGGGAACUACAUAUCCGCGAUUCUGAUUUCUACUCUCAGAUCUACGCGGGCAACAGCCGCAGGAUCGACAAGGACGCACCCACCGUCCAGGCGUUUGCGGUGCCCACCUCCGUCGCAGCAACAGUCGACCACCACCACCACCGGGCCCGCCGCGGCUAUCUGAACCCUUAUUUCUCAAAACGCUCCAUCGGCGAUCUCGAGCCCAUCAUCCACGAGCGAGUCGACCGGCUGUGCGGCCGCUUCAAUGAAGCCCUGCAGACACACGAAGUGGUUAACUUGGACUCGGCGUUUUCUGCUCUCACAGCGGACAUCAUCACCUCCCGGCUCUAUGGGGCGCACUUUGACUACCUCGGCAUCCCGGACUUCAAGUUUGCUGUUCGCGAGACGUUUGAAGGCAUGUCGCUGGUUUUCCACCUCUCUCGUUUCAUCCCGUUCAUGAUGGCUACGCUGAAGCUCCUCCCGCUCGCAGCCAUCAGGCUGAUCAUGCCGAGUGCAGCUGACCUUCUACAAAUCCGCGAGGGCAUCAAGCGGAAUAUUCUCUCAACACUGGACUCAUCGAACGGGGGGGGCGAGGGCGAGCGGCACUCACGCUCACGGGCAGUCAUUGCAGCGGCACUCAGGGAUCCGGAGAUCCCGCUCGAGGAACGGCGGAUUGAGCGGUUGAUGGACGAGGGGACGACGAUCAUCUUCGCCGGCACGGAGACCUCUGCGCGCGCAAUGAGCGUGGCGUUUUUCCACCUGCUGAGCAACCAAGCACACCUCGAGACAUUGCGCGCCGAGUUGCGCUCCAGACUAGGGUCUCGGCCGGGCAAUGGAUGGGCUCUUGCCGACCUGGAGUCUCUUCCGUUUCUGACCGGCGUCGUGAAUGAAUGCCUUCGUUUAUCCUUCGGUGCCGUCGGACGGCUUCCACGAGUUGCUACUCAUGACGCAUUGCAGUACAAGGAGUACUCGAUACCGGCAGGCACGCCAGUCAGCCAAUCCACGUAUUUCGUGCACACCAAUCCAGCGGUCUAUCCCGACCCGUUUGCCUUUGACCCAGAGCGUUGGGUCCGAGCAGCAAAGGAUGGUGUGCCACUGGGGAAACAUCUGGUCAGCUUUACCAAGGGGACGCGGCAGUGUCUUGGGAUGAAUAUGGCGCUGGCGGAGCUUUACAUCGCGAUUGCUCGCAUCGCGCAGGCAUUCGACAUGCGGCUGCACAAUACGACACAGGACGACAUUGAGGUGCACCAUGUGCGCCUGGUUGGGUACCCGAGGAAAAUCCGCGGACAGGUGGCCGGGCGAGGUCAAGUUGAGGUUAAGGUGACAGUCAACCGAGAUGUGGAUAUGGAAGCUGAAGCCUAG